AUGUCUGAAUUAUCGCCUGAUAAAUCGAAUAACCGACAGAUUGUUUCAGAUGGAUUUCGACAUUUAUCAAACAUAAUCAGCAAAAGAAUUGAGCAGUUAGCUGGUUGUCAUUUUGUGUUUAUUCCUGGGCCUGAUGACCCUUAUCUUGGCACGUUCUUGCCCCGACCGCCUCUGCCACACUCACUGUUUGAAGUGAUGGAUAAAAUACCAAAUUGUUCAUUCGCGUCAAAUCCAUGCCGAAUACAAUAUGCCGACCAGGAGAUCGUUAUUCUCAGAGACGAUUUAAUCGAGAAGAUGUGCAGGAAUAGUAUACAUAUGCCAUCUGCAACUACUGAUAUUGCUGAACACUUUUGCCGAACGAUCGCAUCUGCCGGUCAUUUGACACCAUUACCGCUGCACAUCUCACCGGUCUUUUGGCAAAUGGAUUACUGCCUGAGACUUUAUCCUUUACCGGAUCUUGUCGUUAUUGCCGAUCAAUUUCAACAAUUCGCCAUCUCGAAACAUCAAUGCUUAUUCGCAAAUCCUGGCUCCUUUGCUCGAUCAAAACUUGAAUUCCACGUCUAUUAUCCAUGUAGACGUGAAAUUGAGCCAUGUAAUAUUGACGAAUGA